UUGGCCACACUAAACAGCUGUUCAAAUCUGCAAAAAGAGACAAGUUGAUGUCGUCCAAUUUGACAAAUUCCUUCAGUAAAAUAAUAAAAUAAAUAAAAAAACAACGCAAACGAGGAAAUCAGCUAAAGAAACGAAUAUAAUAACGUUAUACAAAUAAUAUCCUGUAUUUAUAUAGUGCCAACUCCAGAGAAAGGAAGUGUAUUGAAGAGCUAAAAGAGAUAGAAGAAAAAAUUGCAAACAAAAAGUUAAGCAUUUAAUGCCAAAAUUACAAGUGAAUUUGAUAAUUUAAAAUUAAAGAGUUUUUUGGAAAAAGUAGCAACAAGUAAGAAAAAAAUUUAAAAGAUAUAAAUAGAAAUUGAUGCAAUAUUAAGAAGAAAUCCAAAAUAAAAGCUAAAAAAAACGCACAUGCAAAACUAAAUAAAAAGUGUCCCCAGCCAAGAAAACAGCCUCCGCCCUAAAUAAGAAGAAAAUUAAAAUCGUGUAUAUAUAGAUAUUUGUGUGUUUGUUUGUUGUUGUGUAAAAAAGGAGGGAAUGUAACAUUUCUUGUUGCUGUUUUUGGGGAAUAAAAUUAACCAAAAAAGAACAUUUUACACAAAAAAGUAAAAACAAGUGAAAAAUAUAAGCAACGCGAAUUUGCCAAUAAAAACAAACAACAAAAUAAAAUUGCUAACAAAACGAAAAACAACAACAACUAAAUUGAUAUAAAAGCUUAAUUAACACGUCCUUGUCUAGUGUUAAAAAUUCAUUCAUUCAUUUUUUUUUGUGCCAACUAUUGUCGUUCGUUCGUAUACCUCUUCUCUUUUUGUACAUAAAAAAUACUCAUCACAUAAACAUAAAUUUUUGUUGUAGUUUAUUGCACGUUGACGUACAAAAUGGAUAACAUCGAAAUGCUUAAAGCUUUAUAUGAUUUUCAAGCCGUCUAUCCAAAAACCAUCAGUUUUGAUGAGGGUGAAUAUUUUAUUUUAUAUCAGACCUCAGCACGUCAACGUAACUGGUGGCAAGUGGUCAGCAUGAAGGGUAAUAUUGGUUUUGUACCCUCCAAUUACGUAAUGAAAAUAAAGGUAAGUCUAAAUAUGAAAUAAAUAAAUAACAACAAAUACUACUACACAUACAAUGUCUGUUUAUCGAAUCUACUAACAGUCACUGGUGGCCUCCUUCCAGUAUAAAUAUGUGGCCUGUUAUUUUAAGCCAACAUAAUAAUUAUAAUAACCCAUAAAAACCAACAUCCAAACCAACCUCCAAACUAUCAGCACACCAUCCAAACACCAUAUUAAACACUAUU